AUGGCUGAAGCGCAGCGUGCCAUACUGGGAGUGGCCCUCCUGGUGCUGCUGAUGCUGUGCACUUUGAUCGUUCAUCGGGGCUCCUUGGGCUCCAACCAUUUGACCGCUGAACCACAGCCUGUAGCAUUGCCAGACACCGAAGAAGGGGCCACCGCUGGCCGUGUCUUCAACGAGGGCUUGGGCUUUUUGAAGGGUCUGCGACAUCGCGCCGAUGUGGCCCUCGUCUCCACUUUUAUCUUGGACAAUUACCGUCGCAUGAUCACAAAGGAACAGCGUCAAAUCCUGGAUGACCUGCACAACCUUCGUAGCCCAGCUGCGCUCGAACCGGAUGUCUACGUGACCCAGUGGACUCCGGAUCCUGGCUUUCGAGAGCGAAUUUCCUGGUAUCUGGAUCGCGACGUACACCCUACCAAAAGGGACUUUAAGGUCGUGGCCCGCCUCAUGUUUGAAACAGAUACCAUUCCCGCGACUUGGGCCCGUGAUUUUUCGCGGAUGGACCGUAUUCUCGUGACCAGCGAGUGGCAGCUGGAUGUUUUUGCUGCCAACGGGGUGCCUCGUAGCAAGCUGCGCGUGCUGGGCGAGGUUGUGGACAGCGAACAAGAGUUUGACCCAGCUCUUUGGCCCGACAAGACCAGCAUUCGACAGCGACUCGUUCCCAGGGCACAAGACCGCCUGAUUUUUCUCUCUGUAGGCAAGGCUGAGGCCCGCAAAAACUGGAAUACCCUGCUGCACGCCUUUUACCAAGCCUGUCAGGAGCGUGACACCGAUGACUUGGCUCUGGUGAUCGUGAAUGGCGUCUCAGAGUUUGAAAAACAACGGUUUCGACCCUCCCAAUCACCUCGUGGUCUUGUAUUGACCUUACACGAUCUCAACGCCGUUGAUCUCCGGCAACUGCAAGCAAAUGUGAUCCGCGCCGCCGCCCUUACGUUGUUCCUCCCACCCAUCACCCAUGUCUGCAAAAGAGCGGCCGAUGCCUUUGUGACGCCAACCCAUGGGGAGGGAUUUGGACGACCUAUUGUCGAGGCCAUGGCCAUGCAACUCCCCAUCCUGGCCACCAACUGGUCAGCCCCAGGAGAAUACUUGACACCCGAUCGCGGAUAUCCCAUUCCCAUCGAGCCUGACUUGGUCCAAUCUUCCGAUGGCCAUGGUCGGUGGGCGGCGGUCAAUGAUGCAAGCGUGAAAGCUCUCAUCCUGCACGUUGCCGACCAUCCCGAGGAACGGGCUGCCAAGGCUGCGGCAGCCCGUGCGUACGCUCUGGCUCACUUUAGUGAGAAAGUCAUUGCCGAUCGCCUCUUGGAAUUGUUGCAAGAGGUCGUUGACAGCCCCCAUACCUAA